AUGCUUGCUUCAAAUAAUACAAUCGAUUAUACUACAGUGUCUCCACGAUUUUCAGUAACAAACAAGGAUACUUUGCAACAUGGGUUGGAUUAUUUGAAUGAAAAUGGCUAUGUUGUUAUCAGUGAUAUUAUGAAUUCUGAUGAAAUCAAUCAAAGUAAAGAUCUCUUAUGGCAGUUUCUUGAAAAUGUCUCCAAUGGAACGAUUCAACGUCACGAUCCUCAGACUUGGUCAAACAAUUGGCCAAGUUUCAGUACACAUGGUGUUGUAAGUGGAAAUGGUAUUGGUCAAUCGGACUUUCUCUGGAGCAUUCGAUCAAAUCCAUUAAUCAAACAAGUUUUUACACAGAUCUGGAACGACUCGCAAUUACUUGUUUCAUUUGAUGGUUGUGGUAUAUUUCGUGAUUGGCGUUAUGAUUCUACUUGGAAAACCCAAGGUGGCUGGAAUCAUGUUGAUCAAAAUCCGAAAGUUAAACCUGGUCGUUGCUGUAUUCAAGGUUUGGUUUCGUUAACAGAUCAAAACGAAACAACAGGUGGUUUGAUUGUCUAUCCGAAAACACAUUUACGGUUUCAUGAACUAGCAGAUGUUGUUAAAAAUACGAAGGAUUUCGCUAAAGUUCCUGAUACACAUCCGAUUAUGAAUCAAGGUCAAACUCGUGGUAAAUUAGUUCACUGUCAAGCUGGCGAUCUUAUUCUUUGGGAUAGUCGCACGGUGCAUUGUAAUUCACCGGCAAUUAACAUUGAAAAACGAGAUCCAAAUGAAUCUGUCGAUCUUCUACGUGUUGUGGCUUAUGUUUGUAUGAGUCCAGCCUCACUCGUACAAGGUCAGACACUCGAAGAAUUUCGUGAGAAACGAAAACAGAUGGUAGAAAAUAAUUGCACGUUAACACACUGGAGCACAGAACUCUGUCUAGGAGGUGGCAUCAACACAGAUCUACCCAAACUGUCAUUAGACAAAUUUAAUGCAUAUCAAAAAGCGCUUAUACUUGGAUCUGCGAACGUUGAUGAAUAA